CUGGGCUGUCAGUCCCGGGCCGGCUCCAGUCGCCGCUAGACCAACCAAUAAAACACCGAGCAGAGCCUGGAAACAGCAGCCUGAUAAUUACUUCUCUCGCCUCUGGGACAGGAGACAGGAGCAGCCCGGCAGGGGGAGGGUAGAAGAGGCGAUUGUGAGCGUGUCCUUUGCCCAAUUGCGCCCAGAGGCAGCUGAGCCGGACGAUUGUGACCGGGUGCAACUAGAGUGACAGCUGCGGGUACAACCGGACGACUGCUUAUUAUAAGAGGGGAUCUGGAAGAAGCAAGCAAGGGGCAGCUACUUUCCGAGCAGGAUAGGAGGGGGCAGGAGAGACAUACACUGUCCUGAGAGGAGAGAGGCAGAGGCUCGUGUAGCGGCGUCACCCGGGCACUUGUCUCAGGGGAGGAGGGUGUGGGACUGGGAUGUGCUAUUUCCUCAGUGUCCUGUGUGGGCAAUGUGCCCCCUAGCAGCAGCUCCUAAUCCUCCCAGCGUUCAGACUCGCAUUGUCUCCAUUGUCACAGCCAGACCUUUCCUUAUUAGUCUUAUUAUUCUCCAGCAAGGCGCGGGGCUGGGGCUGAAGUGAAUACGUGGGACAGAACUGCCCUGAGAAACUUACCAACCUGGGAAAUCCAAGCGCCGCCGAUAGGAAGUUUCCAGCCAACCUGUCUGCACCGCGGGGGCUACACGAGCAGUCUACUAUAGUGUUGUCAUUCAGCACCAGGGAGAGAGACUAUUGCUGCUGCUACUGCCCCGGGGAUCCGCCGCCUCCCUCCUACCUGCCCCAUUCGGGAUAAAGACAAGAGAGACAGGGACACGUAGGGUGUAAGUAGCAUAUGCGACUGCUGCUCAUUCAAGGGCCCCUGUGCCGGGAUAGUUGCUCCUGGGGCCACUGGGAUAGUCUCCAGUACAAGGGAGACGGAGCACGUAGAGGGACAACAAAAACAUCUGAGACUUCUCUCUCCCUCCCCCACACACCCAGCAGCCUGCAGUUGGGCACACGGACAUAUCGCUGAAUCGACUCGAUCAGACCCUGCAGCCCGGGACAUCUCACCUGCUGCCAGACGCGGGGGGGGGGCACAGUGUAAGAGCCGGGAGAACAGGUGCCGAGUGCGCGAGGGGAACGAGCCGAGACGGGCGCUUGGGGGGGUCGGGAUCAUGGAGAGCGAUCGGGACAUGUACCGUCAGUUCCAGGACUGGUGCCUCAGGACUUAUGGGGAUUCGGGCAAGACCAAGACAGUGACCCGUAAGAAAUACGAGCGGAUCGUGCAGUUACUCAAUGGCUCCGAGUCCAGCUCCACGGAUAACGCUAAAUUCAAAUUCUGGGUGAAAUCGAAGGGCUUCCAGUUGGGGGACGCGGACGAGCUGAACGCCGGGGAGCAGCAAGUGCUCUUCGUCCCUGUCAAGACUACGGAUGGAGUUGGCAUUGAAGAGAAGCUGUCUUUAAGAAGAGUGGCAGUGGUAGAAGACUUCUUUGACAUUAUCUACUCCAUGCAUGUGGAAACAGGGCCUAACGGGGAACAGAUCAGAAAACAUGCCGGCCAAAAGAGGACUUAUAAGGCUAUUUCAGAAACAUAUGCCUUCCUACCCAGGGAAGCAGUGACAAGGUUUCUAAUGAGCUGCUCAGAGUGUCAGAAAAGAAUGCAUUUAAACCCCGAUGGUGGCGAGCAGAAAGACAAUGGAAAACCCCCUACAUUGGUGACAAGUAUGAUAGACUAUAACAUGCCAAUCACUAUGGCCUAUAUGAAGCACAUGAAACUCCAGCUUUUGAAUUCUCAGCAAGACGAGGAUGAAAGCUCUAUAGAAAGUGAUGAAUUUGAUAUGAGUGACUCUACAAGGAUGUCAGCUGUGAACUCCGACCUCAGUUCCAACCUGGAGGAAAGAAUGCAAAGCCCGCAGAAUCUCCAAGGCCAGCAAGAUGACGAUUCAGCUGCUGAGAGCUACACCUGCAAUGAAGCAGUGGGACACACGUCCAACUCUACAGGAGGAGCUCACAACCGGGACACGAUGGAGGCGACCAUAACCAAUGGCAAUGCCAUUUCUGAACAGGAGGAGCAGCCCCUGAAUCUAAGUGACUGUCCUGUCCCAAGCCAACUAAAUUCUGAAUACCAAUUAGAUGAUCAUAGUAGCAAUGGGAAGAACACAUACAAAAAUCUCCUCUUAGUAGACCUCAAAAUGGAAAGAGAAGCAAGGGAAAACGGAAACAAGUCUCCAGCACACAGCUACUCCAGCUAUGAUUCUGGGAAGAACGAAAGUGUAGGGGGCUGUGGGGAAGAUCUUUCCAUGACCCGGGGAGAUGAAGAUGAAGAUGACCACGAUGACCAUGAAGAUGCUGAGAAGGCAGCUGAAACAGAUGGAGUAGAAGCAGAACGCCUUAAAGCUUUUAAUAUGUUUGUCAGGCUGUUUGUAGAUGAAAACUUGGACCGAAUGGUCCCUAUUUCUAAGCAGCCCAAAGAAAAGAUCCAGGCUAUCAUUGACUCAUGCAGGCGUCAAUUCCCUGAAUAUCAAGAACGUGCCAGAAAACGUAUACGCACUUACCUCAAGUCCUGCAGGCGGAUGAAAAGAAGUGGUUUUGAGAUGUCACGACCUAUCCCCUCACACCUUACUUCAGCUGUAGCAGAAACUAUCUUGGCCUCAGCCUGUGAGAGUGAGACCAGGAAUGCUGCCAAGAGGAUGAGACUGGAUAGACAGGAUGAAACUCCUCCAGCCGACAAAUCAAAUAAACCAGAUACAGCAGCGGUCACUUAUUCAACGCCUGCUGUUUCCAGCACACAAGACGUGUUAUACAUCAAUGGAAAUGGAACCUAUAGUUACCAUACUUACAGAGGGCUAGGGGGAGGACUUCUAAAUCUCUCUGAUACGUCUAACAGUGGUCCAACUGAUCUGAGCAUGAAGAGGCCAUUAGCAACCAGCUCUACAAGUCCUACCAACACAAGCUCCCGAACCCAGCUAAACCCUACUGAAAUUAAUGCAGUGAAACAGCUGGUGGCAGGUUAUCGAGAAUCUGCAGCAUUUUUGUUGCGUUCAGCAGAUGAACUGGAAAACCUCAUUUUACAGCAGAAUUGAGUCAUACAACCUCUUCCCUGGUCUGGUGUAGCCCUGGGAAUCCAAAAAUGACAUUCUCAUGUGCCAGAGUGGGCCCAUCUUGUUACAUCACUGAUGUGUAGAGGAGUUAAUUACCAUAAUGCCACACUGUUUUUGAUCCAUGAAGUGAUGUAAAGGUGUCGCGGCUGCACUUAAGACCUUUGAUGUUAUGGGGGUCUUUGAUGUGUCCAGCUUUUUGUUCUCAGUGUGUCAGUUUAAAUAUUGCAUAUGUGGCUGUUGCUCAUUAAGUCAUGCAAACCAAUGAAGCAAAUGGAGAACACUGAGAUGGUCAUUUAGUUCAAUUUCCAAGUGCAAUAUUAGUGGAAUGUGCCAUUGACUCUCUGCAACGAAAGCUCCAUGGUACGGCAGGACAAUGCCAAGAUACACUCAUGCUAGAAAAUUCAAUGAAGGAUUGCAUAUUUUUUAAAUAAUAGGAUUUUUUAUAUGGUACUUUUUUCAUGCAGACAUUUUAUUUAUAUUUCGAUGAUCUUUCCACAUUCUCUAAAGGUCGCUGAAGAAAUAUUUUUGAAUCCCCUUUUCCUGAACCCCAGGCAAAUUGUUAACUACUGUUUUAGUUGCAGGCUUAUUUAAUUAGAUCCUUAGUGUUAGGAAAGCUCCAGGCAAGCUGUAUGGACUUUUGUUUCUAAUUGUCCCUUUGUCCUUUCUGUGCUGGGAGUAGGCCCGUAGGCAUUAGGUUAUGUGUUGGACAUAACUGGGUAACCACCAUAUAUAUAUAAUCAGAAAUGGGAGAGUUUGGCUGUCCAACAACAGUGAAACACACUUGCCAAUGUCUUGUAGUGCAGUUAUACCGUUAGUUGUGUCGGAUAGUAGGCAAGUGGUUUGUGCUGUGAUUCUAACCUCACAUAUGUAAUAAUGUACUGAAAAUAUCCUGGCGAUUGUGCAAAGCACUUCUGCUUGCAGGAUCUAAUGCCAAGAGGCGUUUAUUUUGUAGUUUAGUUUAUUAUGUCCAGUGCACCACAUAAUAUAUAUAAAAUAUUUGUUAGUGCUGCUAGUAAGGUUAUGCAGCAGACCGGCCCUGGGCCAGUUCUAAAGAGGAGGCUCCCAGGCAAUGAGCGGCUAGAAUUCCUUUUGCUUAGACCUGCUGCGCACACUGCUGCCCCCUUAUUCCUAUUGAAAUGAAAGGUGAAAAAAUAAUGUGUACUCCAUCUACAGGAAGACUUUGCUCCUGAGAUUGAGGGAAACAAACCUGCAUCCCUUCAGCUCUAUACCUCCCAACUGUCCCACUUUCACAAGGCAGUCCUAAAUCAUAACAAUGAAAAAGACAAGACACCUAGCAAAGGCGAGUUAUGGUGAACACUACUGGGUAGAUUGCGAUGUGGCCUGAGAUAUCACAAUUUUUGCGAAGAAACGUUGCGGUUGAUCUACCACUUCCUGCACAACCUCAACACCUGAAGGAUGUUGGUGAGCAUUGAGAGUUGGUCAUGGAGUGGACACCCAAAUACAAUAAUAAUUGCACAAUAUCAUUUAAACAUUUUCUGACCAAGUAGGGAUAAAGGUCAAGUUCAAAUGCAUUCUCUGCCUAACCCUAAAACCAACAUACCACAAUACCAUAUCAGUUAAUGGAAGCCAUAAACGUUAAGGCCAUAUAUUUCUUCCAGCAUCAUAGAGCUGCUGCCAUAGGCAGGAUUUGCCCUUCAUUGUAUUACAUUGGCCAAUCGUGGGUUUCACCUGUAGCUCAUUCUCCUCUCUAUGACAGAACCCAGAUGGGUAUCUAUGGUUUAGCUAAGCUCUAUCAUUCCACUGCUGCUGUUCCAUGCAAAUCCUUCUCUGUGUGGUUGGAGACUGAUAAUAUUUAAGAGGUUGCAAGUGACAAUCUAAUAAUUUGCACUCUGGUGUAACUUUAUUUAUUUAUUUAUUUUUUAUUUUACUACUGUGGCUUUUACCUCUUGGGGUGCCAAGGGGUGAUUAACCCUUUCUCCAUCAGAUCGGCAGCCAACCCCUUCACUGCCUGUGCUGCAUGUAGAAAGCAAAUUCCACAAAAUCUGUCUGAACUGGACACGCCCACCAGAAAGUUGUACAAAAAAACUGUAUAUUGAUCACAAACUCCAACCGCUCUUUAUUUCCAUUGGUAACUUCACAUAAUAAUGUUGUUUCUUUUGUGCACUGAUCAUGAUCACUUUUGCAGUAGAAAAGUACUUUUUUGUUCAUGGCACAAGUAUAAUAUGUUUAGUUGUUUAGCUUUUGUUGAAUAUCAUGUCCCUUGUGCAUUCCUGAAUUUGCCUUAUUUCAUGUAAAAAUGUUAUUGGGUUUUUGACAAUGAGUUUAAGGCAUUAGUGAUAUUUUGUACAUAAUUAUACCUGUUUUCUAUAGACGGACUGUGAUUGUGACUAGGUAAUGUGCACUUUUUACUGUAACUGUGGGCAUUGCUAUGCUUUUCCUUUGAGUGUUUCUAGGGUUAUUGUUGCUUACUAAAACAAAAAAAAACAAAAAAAGAAACUUUUGUGAUACUGUUUGUGAAAUAUUAUGUGAAAAAGCUAUUGAAUUAUGAAUAUUUUUAAUAUAUUGUACAUUAUUACACAAAACAUCUUUACGUUGUGGACCAAUGUUCACAAAUCUAAAUGAAAAUCAAAGAUUGAGGGCUGACAUUUCCCCUGGUUUGUUUGGAUAAAUAAAUUGAUUUAUG